AUGAAUCAGACUAUCCUGAGGCUCAAGACGUGGAUACAACAAAAAUGUCAAAGGGAUGAGAUAGAAAAACUUAGUGGAGAGGCUUACUGCAAGAAUUAUGAUGACAAAUGGGAUAGUGAUUCAGAAAGCCUUGAACCUGAAAAGGGACCCAUUCAUAUGUCCCAGACACCUUUCAACAAAUGUACCAGCCUUUGUGGACUAGCUGUCUGUGGGGCUCUUUAUUUUGCACCCCUGAAAUCUGCAUACCUAGAAGACGGCAAACCACAUUCUGAUGAAGCUCCAGAGAUAGAACAACUUUCUGAACUUUCUGAGAUUGAGCAAUCCCAUGAAGAGUCUGGCAUGACACAAUCUACUAAGAUAGAGCAACCUUCUGACACAGAGCACUGCACUGCUUGGCCUAAGUGGUCCAAAGCUCACAGCACCCCUUAUACCACUAUACCUGGCUUCAAGACUAUCUCAAGCCCAAAAAGCCUGUACUGUGUUGCCAAUAGUCCAUGA